AUGUCUCCAGAUCGUUUUGAACACCAGUUAUCUCUUGUUGCACCACUUAUUUCGAAGAAGUCAACGAAACUUAGACCACCCAUCUCAGCUGCUGAAAGACUCACUCUCACCUUACGCUACUUGGCAACGGGUGACUCACAGCAAUCCCAGUCAUUUAACUUUCAAAUUGGUAGAUCAACAGUGUCAAACAUUAUAAGAGAAACCCGUGACGCGAUCUGGACGCAACUACGUGAAACGUAUGUCUCUACACCCAAAAGUCCUCAAGAAUGGAAAAGGAUUUCUGAAGAAUUUCCUUGUGUGGAAUUUUCCACAUUGCAUUGGAACUGGGGAUGGAAAGCACGUGGUUAUCGACUGCCCAGAGAAUACUGGGUCCAACUUCUUUAA